AUGCGUAAUCCAUUUGAACUCAGAGCUGAAGAUCUCCCAGAGCAGCCAAACUACUUCACUUGUGCCUUCAGAAAAGACAAACUUGACAAGUACGUUUUCUUUGUUAACCAAUUAAAUUUGUUAACCAUUAACCAAAUGGUUAUGGUUAACCGUGAUGAUUUCUUCAAAAGUGCUCAGCGAAGCAGAAUUGUAAGUGAUUCCUGUAACACAGGAUGUUUACUUUGAACUCAACUUUAUCAUGACAACAUUACAAGUCUGAUAGUUUUACAGUCAUGUAUGUCUUGUAGUACCUGCUAAUUGGUAGGUCUUCUACUCACUAAACAAUGACCAAAUGUUAUAUUCAUCCUUUGCCUGAUUUAUAAAAUAGUAUACUCAGGUAACAAAUCUCAGACAGAGAUGGCAAAACAAAUAGAAGUACAGUAAAUAUUGAUGUUCAAUUGCAAGCACGUUCACAGAAUUUUGACAAGAACACAGUAUGGUGAGAAGAGGAAUCAGAUUGGUAAAAAUGAAGCAAUCUUAAUCAAAACUAUACUUUAUUUCAAUGACUAGCAUUAAAAAUUUGGGGCCCUUUACAUUAGGAAGAGAAAUAUAUUUUUGUCAGUCAUUGAACAAUAAGAAUAUUGCCACCUACAGGGAAUUUAAAGGUACAUGUCAGUUUUCUCUGAUAACAGCAAGACUCUUUGAAGUAUUCUCUUUUGUAUUACUUUUAAUUAUUGAUGUCAGCUUAUUAUACUGAUUUUGCAGUAUAUCAUGUAUCACAUUGUGUAUGGUGUGAUCAGAAACUUAUACCUAACAUAAUGUAGGUGCAUAUCCUUGUCAUUUAUGCAUCUUUGUAAUAUGAUAUUAGGCAUUGGAUGCUUAAUUGGCAAUGGAUCUUAUGCUGCAGCUUAUCCCUUACACAAGGUAAAAAAUUAAUUGCAAGUUUUGUUUUGUUUUGUUUUUUUGUCUUCAGUGUAACAACUCCUUACUGUGAAACUUAAAAAGUGUCCAAGAAAUUUACUAUGGUAUAAUUUGAUGGAUCACUGCAAUUUACAAUGAUUUCUCUAGGUUUAAAAAAUGAGCAGUUCCUGAAUGAUAGUCCUUUAGAAAAGAAUAUCAUAGGCUUUGAAACUUCUCAGAAUUUAGAGUGACUGAAAACAGAGACUUGAAGGGCAGUGGUGAACAAAUUUAAGGGCCCUCAUAUUUGCAUAUUUGCACAUGAUUAUUAAGUUGAAGGCCCAAGAAGGCUGACAUACAGUUAUAUCAUACAAAACUUAAAAUUAAAAACCUUGUCUCCUGUCAGGAAUUAAAGGGACAUGGAAAAGCUAAACAAAGCUAUAUAGGUCAUGGUUCAUUUUUUGUAAGUGCACUCCAUCUGGUUGAAUGAUCCCAUGCAAGGGACUGGCCAGAGGAAAAGGUAACAUACUGCAUCAGUUUUCUCAAAGUGAUUUGGAGUCUAAUAAUGAUAUUUUCCUUGAAUCAAAAAUUAUGUCAGGUUGCUUGAAAAGGAUUCAGCCAAAUGUUGGCAAAGUUAGCCAACUGUGUUUUCUUGUCAUUUAUUUCAGAAAGUACAGUAAGGCAUUCUCGUGAGAUCAAAAUUUUAAAAUGAAAAUUUAAUACAAAGAAGGAAUAACAUCAAACAACUACAUGUCCAUAUGUUUAGUCAAGUGAGAGUUGGACAAUGGAUGUCUUGAUCCAGGGAACAUUUAGCUUGUUGUACAUGGGGAGCUAUUCAGACUGAUACAUGUACAUUGUACAUGUAUAUAAUAGUAAUAGGACUAAGAGGAGUCCAAUUCAGGCUGUAAUUAUCUAAGUGAUUAACAAAAUCGGAUGAUUGCACUGUGAAGGCAUCCGUUGUACCUUUUCAUCUAAAAAAAAACAACAGUUAAAGGGGCAAAAUGUGAGACAAUAGCAUGCACAUGUGACACUUUCUGUGCACUUACACAGGCAUGGUGUGUUAAUUGCCCUAUUACACUGUCCAAUUACAAGCAUGAUGUGUACACUGUCCUAUUAGUGCUCAAACUGAGCUGGAGAACUCAAGAAUUUUGUUAUAGUUUUGAUCAAUGAAACCAGGGAUUUUGAAUUGCAACAAAGCAUAAUUGUACUUCAGGCCAAUUUUCAGGGUAUGCUUUUUGUUCAUGACCAUCAAAAUAAUUCAAUCAGACUUGAACACAACAUUUAUGAAAAUCAUGUUGUCUUAAUCAUAUCUAGGACAACAGUGUGUGGUUGUCAGUUGCUCAUAACACACACAAAAGUAAUUUUUUAGCAUUUUGAAACAUGUUCUUUUACCUUUAGGUGUUGAGAGUUGCAUUUGAUUUUUUUUUUACUGAAGAGAGGUAAAAGAGAUGGAUUUGGCAUAUGAUGAGCACACUGUAAUUUAUAAUUACUUUAUCAGGGAAUUUGACAUGUAGAGAUCUAUACAUUGCAAAAAUUACCACAAUAAUGCAUGGAAUAACUUGAUACAGUACCAUCAUUUUUGUAUUUUACAAAGGUUGAUGUAGGGCACUUAUGAAAAAGAUCAAUACAAUGAUCCUCCAAGACCUGAAAAUGCCAGACAGGUAAUUUUUUUAUUAUUAUUUUUAAAUUAAUAGACCUCGUAAGGUUAAUUAGUUUUGUGUAUGUUGUUUCCUGUUAAGUUUACAGUGUACAUUGUGUAUGUACAACUCGGACCUAAUAAACUCCUAAACAAAUCUAUGGUAUGCAGUCAUUUCGUACCCAUAGUUGUUUUGUACUCAAUCAUUUUAUACUCAAGCUGGGUACAAAAUGACUCAACUAACUGGGUAUGACAUGACUGUAGGUGUGCAACGAACGGUAACCCAAUCUAUGCCAUCCUAUUACCAUCUCUUCAACUUACACUUCAUCAGUUUUGUAAACUUCUUUCAAAGCUGAUUUGUCAUUCAAGCUACAGUUCAUGUAACCUUUUUUUUCAAAGAUGUAAACAUCAAUUCUCCAUCCAGUCCACCAUACAGCUUUUACAGUUUAUAUAAUCAAACAAUACUUUGUCCCCUGAAGUUUUUUCUUUCUUCUUAUCACAUUCCUGCUUUUAGAUGUUUUAAGGUAAAUUCCUAUUUUGUAGGAACUUGUAAGAGGAAAAUUAGAGUUGAACAAGUCAAAUCACCAAAGAAAACUUUGUUUGUUUUUUCAUUGAAUUUUCUCCUUCCCAAAUAUUUUUACUUCUACCCCUACUCUUGAUAUUCUUCUCAAGCUUGUGUUCAGAUAUAUCAGACUUGAAACUUUUGAUAGCUUUUCUCAAUAUUUUGUUUUAAGUGCAGUUAUAAAUUUUUCUAUUGCAUUGUUUUUUCCAGUUUUUCAGUUGGUAAUCAAUGAUAGUUUUAUUUGUGGGUUGUUGCUAUUUCAGUUGUUGUUUGACACCUGGGUUAAAGCACAUCGCUGGUACAAAAUGCAACCAUUGGAUCAUAUCAGGUAAAAUCACUUACACAAGACUGUUUAACUCAAGGUGUGUGCAUCAUUUUUUGUUGUUAAUAGUUGUUUUGGUUGAUUAUUCAUUAAUUUUGUUGCAGAGAUUACUUUGGAGAGAAAAUUGGAAUCUACUUUGCUUGGUUAGGUAAAUAUAAUUAAUGACUUCAAAUUUCAUGUGCACUCUGAUUGAAGUAAGUUAUUGUUUCAGCUGUUUAAUCAUGGCUGCAUAUAAUUUUUGUUUUUGGAAGAACACAUAUUAAAGGCUAUGACUGUAUUCUAGUCAGCCAAUGAGACUCAAGGACAUUGCACAAUGCAUGAAGUUUGGAUGUCAAUGAGGAAAACAGUGUCAUCAAACAAAUGUUACUCUCUUGGCUGUUUGACAGGUUUCUACACAUGGAUGUUGCUCCCAGCAGCCAUCAUGGGCCUUGUUUGUGUGAUUUAUGGACUUGUCAGACUGGAGUCUUAUAUUCCUGUGUAAGUGAUGAGUUUGGCAAGGCCUAUAUGUGCAUUCUAUCAUAUGCAAAGGCCUUAUAUUCAUAUCAGCCGUGAAAUGGGCUCAUUGAGGACUGGGAAUCUUAAAGUAUUAUUUAAAGUUGUCGUGAAAUGGAACAAAAGAAAAAUAUACUUGGUGAUACAUUCACAUGACUGUGCUAUUUUACAUAACUUUCACUAUAAUGUGCAUCCAGUGUUUACUAUUACUGCCAGUGGUAGCGUUAACAGUAUUGCAAUCACUGGUUUUAUACUGAAAAAAAACGCAAGUCAGAGAACCAACUUUUUUUAUUUUUGUGUAAAGGUGGCUUUCAGACAAGUAAAACCAACUGUAUGUAUGUAUCUUUUGCUUUAGGAAAGACAUCUGUGAUACGUCUAAGAACUUUCCCAUGUGCCCUCGCUGUGACAAACGCUGUCCCUACUGGUCUUUAUCGGACACAUGCAUCUAUUCAAAGGUGACUUAAAGAACAUUUUCACCUCUUACUUCAAGUUCCUUCCUUUCUUCUUCCUCGACUUCUUUGCUAAACUUUUUUAAAGGUCGCUAUUUGGCGACUUAACCAAAUUUGUCAUUCUCUUCACAGUCAACCAUACAAUUCUUAUAUUGUUUGUUCAGAGAAUUUAGUAUUGGAACAACUAGUUAUCCCCAAAUUGAUAUUUUUCUUUAUUAUUAUCACUUAUCUGGUUAAUAUUAUAUUGAUAUUGUAAGGAAAAAUUCUGUCUUGGUCACUCAUGGGAGUUAAAGCGUUAAAAUCACGAAAUGUUUGCCAGAAAUGGAGAAAGAAAGGAAGAAAGCAGAGAAAGAAAUUUUGUGUAAGAUUGAAUUUGAGCACCACAGUUUCUUCCUGCUGGCCAUGAUGACCAAAUGACCGCAGUGUGAGGCCCUGUGUCCCAUUAAUAAUUGAUGUUGCCCCUUGUUAAAGGGGCUACACGUAGCAUAAACCAUGAAUUUGGAGACAAUUCAUAAUAAUUAAUACAUUAUUUUGCUCGGAAAUAUUCAUCUUUGUAGUUCGUUUUUCAGAAGUUAUCUAUCUAGUUUUAUCGUCUACAUGUACUAAUGCCCUCUUUGAUUCUCUUCAGGUGGCUUAUGUUUUUGACAAUGAGUUUACUGUGGUUUUUGCCAUUUUUAUGUCGAUUUGGGGUGAGGCCUUUUUUUAUUUUUAAGAAUAAUUGCUUGUGUAGUAAACUGUGUCAGACCCCGAGGCUCUAUUGUUGACAGCUGUACAAUUCAUAAAUGGCUAGCACGUGGAACCUUAAGUCUAAAUGUUUAAGCCCUGGUGUGGUCAUUAUAUUGAGUUGUUGGGCGAGAUGAUUCACUCUGAGAAUGCUUCUCUCCACCCGGGAGUAUAUACUUAUUGGCAACGCUGAAUAGUCAAAGAAACUUGACAGAAUGUUUGGGCAACUUGUACUGAACCAUCCCGUUCAAGAGUUGAAAAAAUAGCUAAUGGAUUGAUUACCGAACAUUUCAUAAAUAGGAUCAUUUUGUCUGUGACUUUCACAGAAAGGAAACUUUGAUUUUCUUUCAGGGUCGUAAUGUUAAUGCAAUACUUUGCUGAUGAUCAUGUGUGUAUUUGUUACACAGCCACCAUGUUUCUUGAGUUUUGGAAGAGGCGGCAAGCAGAGAUUGCUUACGAAUGGGAUCUAUUGGGAUAUGAGGACGAAGAGGUACGAUAUUAAUUAAUCAAUCAAUGUAUUUAUUUAUGACCUUUGUUAAUUAUUUGUAAGAAGGCAAAGAUUAGGCUUGGCAAGGUAAGCUUAUGCCGUUUAGGAUUUAUCCAGGAACAAAAAACCACACUACUUACUUCUCCGUGUCGAUUUUUCUUUCGUUUUGUGAAUGGUGCUUUAAAUGUAAACGUUUUUGUUGAUAUUGUUGCAUGUUAUAAGCAAUUAAUAUUAAUCUCACGAAUCUCUGAACUGUGUUCGUUUGAACUCAAGGUACAGUUUAUUACUUAAAAAGACUCGGAAAAACUUGACCGUCAAUCCUGUUCAGUGUGUUUUUCAUUUGACCAUCUUUCCAUAAAUGUACAAGCUCCAAUUCAUUAUUCUGUUUUAGGAACAACCUCGUCCCGAGUACGAGGCAGUAGCGAUGGAGACCCGUUUGAACCCCAUCACGAAAGUGGAAGAGCCUUUCAUAUCGCUUGGGAGGAAAGUGCCCAGAUUUAUUUGUAGUUUCAGUUUCAUCAUCUUCAUGGUAAGAACUGGAUAAUGUUUAAUAAGGCUCAAUGUGAUUUUGGCCAGGUUUAAACCGAGAUAAUGCAGCAGUUUCACCAGAGCCUCCCAAGGGCAUUGAUGUGCAUUACUACCUUACUGCUUUGUUUCCUUCCUUCCUUCCUUCCUUCCUUCCCUCCAUCCCUCGCCCCCUCCCUCUUUUGGGUGAGUGUCCAUUCCGCGCACCGGUUUGUUGGUGUUGCGUUGACAGGUGCCUGGAGGUUGGCUGCGGCUUGAUUGCUGGGAGAUUGCUUCCCUCCUAUGGUGUCAACUGUUCGCAUCCACCCACCCACCCACCACCUUGAUACUAUUGGGCAUUGCUACUUGGACGAGGCGAAACGCUCAUAUUACUGCAACAAUUAAACCUUUUCAAAUCUAGAUUUACCUGAAUUCUGUAGCCCCGGCGUCUUUUGCAAGCUAGUUAUAACCGACAGAAAAACUGACUUUUGGUCACCGGUAUGGCUCGUAGUGUUUUAAAAGAGGAUAAGAGGUGCAACAGCGAAGUUCUGAAUUUUGAUCUAUAGUAUUAUGGUCUUUGUAUCGCAGCUGGCGCUUGUCGUCAUCGCCGUGUUUGCUGUUGUAGUAUACCGUGUUGCAGUAUACGCGGUGUUAGCCGCAAGCAGCGACUACAACAUGGGAGCUGUAAACAUGGCCACGUCCGGCACUGCAGCUCUCCUAAAUCUCAUUACCAUCAUGCUCCUCAACAAGGUACCCGCAUAAACUUAUCUUUUUCUAUGGAGACGGUACACAACUAGUAAACAUCUUGAGGUAAAUUUUUGUUGUCUGCCCUCUCAUGUAGAUGUUCGUUUGCGACUGUUACACAGCAAUGGUUCCUACUUGAAUGUGCAGAUAUUAGUUAACCCUUUAACUCCCAGAAGUGAUGAACAUGUAACCUCUCAAUCAGAUCUUGGGAGUUAGAGGAUUAAAAGUAGAAGUUCAGCGGAUGGUUUUAUACCUUGGAGUAACAACUGAUCAUUUAGUGUGAUCCUCUGGUGACUUCUUUUUGUUAAUUACAUUAUUUUAUCUCCAGGUUUACGAAAAACUUGCUGAGAUUUUGACACGAUGGGGUACGAGUGUAGAAAAUGAAUUGACCUUCAUUCAUGCUUUAAGCUAUUAACCACUCUACUGAUAUUGAAUCAUCAGUGCAUCCGAUCUUUCAACUGACCUUAACCGUACUACUGUACUCGUGCACGUUGUGGUCAUUACACAUUACAUAAGAAUUUUUAAAUUUAAAAUUAGUAGCCGAAUCCUUCCGUACCUCUAAACUGCAUUGGCAUGCGGCGUCGAAAGCUAACGAAGUAGGAGGCAAUAAGGAUAGGGUUAAAUUCAUCAUCUGUUUUUAUUUCAGAGAUGCCUCGCACCCAGACGGAGCUUGAAGACAUCUUUUCAUUUAAGAUGUACCUUUUCCAGUUUGUGAACUUCUAUUCGUCACUCUUUUAUAUUGCGUUUUUUAAACUCAGGUGAGUUUAUGUCAUGAGUAAUCUAAUGGCAACAAUGGUAAAAAAGUUACUUAGAGUUCUCCUAAGAAAGAAAACUCAAAAUCGUAGACAUUUUCGAUUGUCUGGGAUGACUGACGACAAAUCGGUUAAAUCGAGAGCGCUUUUUUUUUACUGACGCAACCCAGAUUUUUGCGAUGAUCCGCGAUUACUGAAGGUUAAUGAAAACUCCUAUUUUGAACUGUCGUUAGUUUUAAUUUGCUACCAUUCCUUGGCUUCUGUAGCCUCGAGUCCCAAAUGAAGUGGUGUCUGUUCUAUUUUUCGCCAACCAUCUGACAAUCGGAAUGUCUACGAUUUCAAGUUUCAUUAAUUAGAAAACUCUGGAAUCAUCGAGAAAUAUUGAAAUCACCGACUUUCCGGGAUUUUUCCCGCCAGCCUUAAGUGUCAUUGUUUUUCUCACGAUUUAGGCUCUUCGAAUGACAUGCAGAUCGUGAUCUUCCCUCACCCAUUUGCUGUUGCACGGUUCUGCUGUUGUCUUGUUUCUUUGUGAUGCUGUGUUGUGAUACUGACGAUCAAAAACAACAACAGGAGAGCCGUGUUACAGCGAAUCUUCGAAACGCGCUAAGCUGUUGAGAAACAGCCCACCAAAUAAAAACAUCUUCAGAAAAAUAGUUUUACAUAAUUACCAGUAGGAACUUUUAUCUAUUUACAUAGAAGCGUUAAACACAUUAAAAAUUGUUUGGCAUCACAGCGGUAGAAUGAACGUAUUGAAUCAUAUUUUGAGAAUAUUUUCAACUGACAAUUAUAAGUUAUCUGUUUAGGGUGAGACAGAUUUUUUAUGCAUAAUUUUAAAAAUGGUAAUGAACAGACCUACGGGGACAACAAUUUUCGUCCCUCUGGAAGAAAGAACUGCGCUGACAAAAAAAAAUUUUUGUUUUCAGCCCUGGAAGGCCAGCAGAAUUUAACAGGAUAUUUGGUUUUCGACAAGAAGAGGUAAGAAAAAGUAUUCGAUGUGUUAAGUUUUUUUUUUUGUGACAGUUUAGGGUAUUUAAAGCUGCAUUGGGUUAAUCAGACGGUACUGUCGUCAAAAAUUUGCGAGAAAAGGAAGGAAAGAUCGUCUUUAGACAUUGUUUGUAAUUGAAGUAAAUAAUGUUUUUCGCCUUUGGUCCCAUUAGUUGGACCAGUUUAAAAAGGACGCGUUUGAUUAGAAUUUAUAUCGUAAGGAUGUAUGUGAUGUUCGUUAAAUUUGACAAUGCAAGGUUUGCCGACUUUGAAAUAGUUGCUUUAACAAUUUGAAUCUUAUUUUUGACUUUUUUACCUCCUUUGGACAAUAUUAGUUCAUUUCAAUCAGAAAAUAGAAAGUAAAAUAAGGCAUAAAAGUAACUGAAAAUAUCUUUCAAACAUAGAGCAGUUGUAAAGGAGAAUUCUGAGUUCAUUUUCAUGUUGUUCUGGCAGUGUAAUCCGGCAGGUUGUUUAUUUGAGCUCCUGGUCCAGCUGGCAGUUAUCAUGGUUGGAAAGCAGAUCUUCAAUAAUUUUAUUGAAAUAAUCGUCCCGUAAGUAGCCCGUAAAGAGAUGAGGUACAUUUUUAACGUUCCCGCUUUUUGAGACUUCGUUGGACUUAAGGCAGGUUUUAGAAAAUUACACAUUUAUGGACAUUUACGUAUUCUAAUGUAAUAACAGUUUACUGUUAACUAGGAGUAUUUACGUUCUGCUCGAUAUACUUGGACUGUUUUGCAAUACGACAUACAUAAAGGUGUAAUAGCUUAUUGGAGAAGCACAUUUAUAGCGUAAGUGAAACACAGGUACAGUAAUCAGAAAACCGGAAUCGCUGAAAAAAAAAAAUCAGGGAAUGUAUUUGUAUAGGUAAUCACAUGAUUUCGAGUGCAAUUUGGAAUAAAUAAGCACGAGUAAAUUUUUUCAAAGACUGACAAAAUUGCACGAGCCCGUAGGGCGAGUGCAAUUUGUGGUCUUUGAAAAACUUAACAAGUGCUUAUUUAUUCCAAAUUGCACGAGAAAAAUCAUGGGAUUACGUGUUAAUAAUAGACAUGAAAAAAUACGAGAUGGCUUAUCAUAACCAAGCAGAAGCAAAGCGCGCGCAUCAAGAGCAAAAAUAAUUUAUUCAAACCGUGCGUUCGGUCAAAACAACAAUGUACGAUCAAAACAAUAAUAUGCGAUGAUAUCUUCACAUCUUUAAGGCGCAAAAAAAUUCAAAGUCCGGCUAAACAGUUCAAGGAAUUGUUCAGUCUGUUUCCGAAUCACUUUCGAUGAAAUGGAAUCGUCGUUUUCGAGGUUUAACCAUGUUUGUUUUUAAUUUCGGCGUUGGAUCGCUCGAGCAAAGUGUUAAGCUAGGUCGGCUUGUCAUUUUUUAUUUCCUUGGCAAUUCCCUUCUCUAAAAACCACUUUUUCCAGACCGAAACCAAAAACAGUGCUUUUUACAGUGUUUUGGUUGUCUGAGCUGUUUUCAGCUGCGGUGGCGAAAGAAAACCUACUUAAAAAGCAGGCCAUUGUUUCGCUCGCAAAUUUUCAAAUUUUCAAAUUUUGUUGCGACAUCGAAGGCUCUCAUUUGACUGGCUAUCUAUGAGUUUCUUUGAUUAUUGACCAAUCAGAAUGUUUGAUUUGUUACUUUCUUUGCACUGAAUUAACCCUCUUCUGCACUGAAUUAACUCUCUUCUGCACUGAAUUACCUGAAAACUGCAUUUAUCUUGUCCAAUCAGAACUGAGAAAUUUUUCCAUGUAUAUUAUUAUUGUGGGAACAUGCUCCAAACACAUUUUACAGUGAAAUAAUACUUUUAAUUGUUUAGUCCUGUAAAACAGUAUUUCACAGGCCAAGUCACUCAUUCUGCGAACGUUUUGGAUUAAUAAUAUUUUGACUCAAAUUUCAAAUGAGUGGGAUGAUCAUUUGAGUAAGCACUCCUAUUUUUUCAUCAUCAUCAUCAUCACCACCACCACCACCAUCAUCAUCAUCUUCAUUAUUAUUAUUAUUAUUAUUAUUAUUAUUGCUGUAGUUGAUAUCGUCACCAUUAUUAUUAUUAUUAUUAUCACUAUGGUCUCUUUUAUUCCUGAAAAUAGAGGAUAUUACAUGGCCGCGCGAAGAUAAUUAAUUCUGUUCGAGUGUUGGGAAACAUUUCACGAGUGAGCGAAACGAACGAGAGAAAUAUUUUUCAACGCGUGAAGAGAAAUUUCGUAGCUCCAAGCGGCCUUGUAAUAGUAUAAUCAUAGUAUCGGUAUUGUUUCCACGUGUAAAGAGAAACAUGUUAUCUUCACGUAUGAAGAUAUCAUGUUUUCGCGCGAAAACUCACUUGGUAUUUGACUGAGGUUUAUAUUAUUAUUAUAAUUAUUUUCCACAGAAAGCUUCAGAACCGGUGGAGACGCCGUCAGAAUAUUGAAACCCCCGACUUGACCGAAUACACACGUUGGGAACUGGACUAUGACUUGACUCAGUAUCCCGUGCACGGGUUGUUUUAUGAAUACCUUGAGAUGGGUAAGAACUGCGCAGCUUGUACGGUUGAGCUAAGGAGAUGGUUGAGAUUUUACCGGUUAUAAACUCUGUUUUGUUUUUUUUUGUUUUUUGUUUUUUUUUGUUUUUGUUUUUUCCAGUGAUCCAGUAUGGCUUUGUGACACUAUUUGUGGCCGCCUUUCCACUUGGACCGUUCUUUGCCCUCAUCAAUAACUUGUUGGAAAUUCGUCUUGAUGCUUACAAGUUUAUCGUGGUUUUUCAGCGCCCAAUGGCAGCUCGUGCGCAGGAUAUAGGUAUGCGUUAUAUGAAGAGAGGGCCGAUUAUUUUUCUUGGUCUUAAACAUUUUUUAUUAAUUGAAAUUCUAUUUAGGAACUACCGAAUAGAACACUUGAAAAAAAAAACCUUUUGUUUUCACAGGAAUUUGGUACGCAAUCUUGAAAGGCGUUACGAAGAUCUCUGUGGUCGUAAAUGUAAGAAUCUAUUUAACAAAGUUGUGCGUUUUUGAAUAUUAUUUCUUUAAGGAUUGAAAAACGGAAAAUAAACAGAGAAAAAUUACUUGGGCGACAGAUUCAGUUACAAACACAGUUGUUUUUUUCCCCCAAUUUUAUCGAAUAAAGAAAAAAUUAAUGAGACAGUUUUUCCCAUGUUCGAGCAAAAAAGGUUGGUCCUGACUUAAAUCAAAUAACAAUAAUAUAGUCAAAUUUGGUCACCUGGUGGUAGUUAUUGACCUGUAAGAGCUAAAAAUGAAGGAUUUCCUAAUAGGAUGAGAUAUUUCAUUGCUUUGGUAACUUGCAAAUUCAAGCGGACAGACAAUGAUUUAGCAUGUUCUACAAGGACCGCUCAUUUUGCUUGAAAACAGUUUGUAUUCAAAAGAACUUGAGCAAUAGUAUUGCCUCAUUAAUCGUACGUGCUGCAUGCUGCGGUUCGAGUCACUUUAGUUGAAGGAAGCAUACUUGAAUAAUUUGAAUCAGCGAUUUAAAGAGCAGAAUACAGCAGAGAGUUAUCUCUUUGUUCUACCUGUUGUCAAAGGUGAAAAACAUGUCGUACUCGGCGUUUUGAUUUAAAACCAAAGAGAACUUAUUGUAAGGAAAGCCACAAUGUAUGAUCACGGUAACUUGUUUUUUUCUACCCUUUUGUUUAGGGCUUUGUGAUUGCCUUUGUUUCCGAAUUCGUCCCUAGACUGUAUUACACCCUAGGUGAACACAACGACAGCUUGGAAGGAUUUGUAAACCACACCUUGUCGUGUUUUUGCGGUGGAUGAUUUUCCUGAGUCUGAGAGACCUUCUGGAGCUGCUGCUGUUGAGUUCCCCUAAGAAUUAACAGUUGUGGGUUUAAUUUAUCUACCUGCAGGUAAAAUAACAAGGAGGGUUCUGUUUUAUGGUUUAGUUCUUGCAGAAAAAAAUCGCCCUUUACUGAUUAGUGUACUGAUUCAUUAAUUUGUCAAAGCUUGCUGGACGCUUGGUGACACUAUUGUAAGAAUCAUAAGUCAUCCAUUAUAACUCAAGUUUUAAAGGUCUUGUGUGCUUGCAUUUUAGAUUCCGAGGGUAUUAUGAACGACCAAAAAUUACAAUACUCAACACGACCCUUCCAAAUCCGAAUGCUUACAAGUUCUCGACAGCCUAUUGGCAUAUUUUGGCGGCCAAGCUGUUUUUUGUGGUUGCCUUUCUGGUGAGUUUGUGUCCACUUUUAAUUGUGGGACGCUCGUUAUGAUACACCUGAUGGGAUACUGAGAAUCGGAGUAUUUUCCUACAAAUAGAAUUGUUGGUGGAGAUUACUGCAGUAAUGUUGUAAAAAGAAGAUUCCACCCUAUCUGUGUUCCUCUCUGUUUCCUAGUUGAUCUUUGUAGCAGUUCUGUGAAACAUUUAAAAUUGACCAACCAAAAAAAAAAACGGUUCAGUUGAAGAAACCUACCUACCAUCUAAUAUUUCUUCUUGUGUUUGGCUGAUAGUCUUAUUAAUUUGUUAUUUUGUGCAGCACAUCGUGUUCGGUAUGACGGCAAUCUUGGCUUGGAUUAUCCCCGAUGUUCCGAAGGAAGUUGACAAUCAAGUCAAGAGAGAGAACUUUCUUGCCCGCGAAGCCUUACGGUCAGCAGAUCAACAAGAUUCUGUCUCUCCAGUCCCUAGGGAAAAUUCGCGUGGCCAGGAUGAAAUGUUGUGA